GAGGUGCGGACUAGAGGAGGGAGGAGCGGCGAGAGUGUCACCUGCAAAAAUCUGGUCUUGUUUACCUCCAGUUCACUUCAUUUCUUGUACAUUUGACACAAUAAAGGAAAUUAUGCCGUAGAGCGUUGGUCUGAGAGCAUUUCGGCGAAGGUCGUAGCGCCGCAGUAGUUCAGUGCUCGUCGCCUAUUUAAAUGAGGUCGAGAGAGCUCGUCACAAGAGAAAGAAUGCCACGUAUAACAAAUGGUGGAGGCGGCGUGGCACGGGGUGCUGGGGGAUCCACUGGAAGCUCCCUGAACUGGCGUGAAGUUCACCAGCGUGUCCGGGAGCUGAGGAGGACCUUCUUACACCUCUCCGUCAAGACUCCCACUGAUGUGACCUUCCGGCGCCUCAGCCCGACGCAGCUGCGAUGUUACUUCCUCCUCUCUCCAGGCCAGGGACGAGAAUCUACCCUUUUCUAUGCAGACAUUAAUCUUGAUACUACUUGGUGUAGUAAGCUGGUUUAUCAGGAGGUUCUGGAGUCUGGGCACUCUUUCCUCUGGCGCCGCACUUCCAGGGAAGAGCAGCUGCUUAGUGAGCGUCGGCGCAUAUCUACAUGGGGAAUCACUAAUUAUGAGCUGCAUCCUGCGUCUGGAACCCUUGUCUUCCCAGCGUCAUCCACUAUCUUCCAGUGUGUACAUCCUGAGAGACCUACUGGCCCUGUCAGUCCCAGAGAGUUGCCAAGCUGUCAAGUGCGACUCAACCCUCAGAUCUGCCCAGCAAAUCCAAACCUCAUUGCUUUUGCUGCCCGAUAUGACAUAUACUUGUAUAAUACUAAAACAGGGGAAGAGAAAAGAGUGACUCAUGUGCAUAGUGGUAGUGGGCGUCUUGAAUAUGACCCCAAGAGCGCAGGAAUGCCCUCUUAUGUUAUGCAAGAGGAAUUUACACGAUACCAGGGUUAUUGGUGGCAACCUGUAUCUCCAGAUGGUGUAUACCGUUUAUUGUAUGAAGAGGUUGAUGAAAGUGAAGUUCCUAUAGUACAGUUUAUACUUCCUGAUGAUUCUGCUGGGAUGCUGGAUGAGUUCAGAUUUCCAAGAGCAGGAAUGGCUAAUGCAGAAUCUACACUGAGAUUGCUAGAAAUUGAAGUUGGUCCAGCUGAAGAGUUGAGAGUGACCACACGACACCUGCGUCACGACCUCAAACAACUGGCACCUUGGCAUGAGUACUUAGUUCGGGUUGGCUGGACUCCUGAUGGCAACCAGAUUUGGUGCCAACUGCUUGAUCGCAGACAGCAGCGUUUAGAGCUGAUCCUGCUGUCGCUGUCGUCCUUUACGGGUCAGAAAAGCCCAGCAGCGCCCUCGGCCCCAGCAGUGCCAUCUCUCUCUCCACAUGUCCUCAUCUCGCAACACUCCAACACCUGGAUAGAUGUUCACAAUUUAUUAUACUGGUGGAGGAGUCACCCAGAUCCUACACAAAGAAUGUUGAUAUGGGCAAGUGAAGAGUCAGGUUAUAGACAUCUUUACCUGUUUUUGACGCAGUUGUCUCCCCCCACCAGUACCGAGGAUCAGCCCUCACACGAAGACCAAGGUUUAGUGUCGGCUCAACUUGUUCAAAAGAUUGCUCUUACUCGAGGAGAUUGGUCAGUCACCGGCAAUAGCAUCUGGGUUGAUGAAGCACGUCGAUUAGUCUACUUCACAGGGUUGCGAGAUUCCCCCUUAGAGCAGCACUUGUAUGUUACUUCUAUAUCCCAUCCAGGAGGACUUGUGCAAAGACUAACAGAGCCAGGCUUCUCCCACCAAGUGGCACUAAACCAGGAAUGUACAGUAUUUACCAGUGUAUACAGCAGUAUAGAAGUCCCUUCCCAGAGCAAAGUUGUGACAAUAACACCUCUUGAUACACCUAACAGCAGUGGACACUUGGUAUGGGUGUCAGUCCUGGGUGACCUUGUAAAUGAGCCUAUUUCAGAGGGCCUUAGAGAGAUCAAGCCUCUGGUUGUACCUGAGGUGUUUACUACCAGAAUAAACAGUGGUGAUGUUAUCUACUCCAUGGUAUUCAAGCCCCACAACUUUACACCUGGAAGAAAGUAUCCAACUGUUCUUAGUAUAUAUGGAGGUCCACAAGUCCAACUGGUAUCUAACACUUUUAAGGGCUUUAGACACAUGAGAACACAUAUGUUAGCAGCUCAUGGGUUCUGUGUUGUGAGCAUAGAUUCUCGUGGGUCAGAUAACAGAGGCGUCGGAUUCCAGGCUCAUCUUGUGAAUCGCAUGGGAACAGUGGAAAUAGAAGAUCAAGUGGAGGUCCUACAGCUUCUUGCUGGACAAUGCGAUUAUAUGGAUCUCACAAGACUUGCCGUUACUGGCUGGUCAUAUGGUGGCUACCUCUCCCUCAUGGCUCUAGCUCAGCGUCCUGAUAUCUUUAAGGUAGCAAUAGCUGGAGCUCCAGUUGUAUCCUGGGGCCUCUAUGACACUGGCUACACAGAGCGCUACAUGGAUUUGCCCACAGUUAACCCUGAGGGUUACCGCAAUGGCUCCGUCCUCUCUUAUGUCAACAACCUCCCAGAUGAAGAGAAUCGGUUGCUCAUCGUCCAGGGGAUGAUUGAUGAGAAUGUUCACUUUUCCCACACAAAUCAACUUAUCCAAGCUCUCAUCAAGGCGGGCAAACCUUACCAGCUUCAGAUUUACCCCCAUGAGCGCCACUGCUUGCGUCAGCUUGACUCAAAUGAACAUUAUGAAACCAAGCUGCUCUCUUUCCUCUUAAAUAACCUAUGAUGGAAAUGGAAAUUAGAUUUUGAAAUCUUUGUUUUGUAUCAUGAAAUCUGUUCUGCAAAUCUGGUUUGUUAGUCAUUUUGUUCUUUGUCGGAAGUGUUUUUAGUGCUUUGUGCUUUUUAGAGGCACAGCUGACGCAAGCAUCGUAGAGAUGUUGACAGAAGUGUAUGACUGAGUGUCAGGAUCUUGGUAAUAGAAAUAUUGAAACUCAGCACCAGCACCAGUUAAGAUUUAUGAAGACAGUGAUUUACACAUUUAUUGUUUAGGCUUGUAUAAAAAUAGCAGAAAAAAAAUUUAUCAAGACCUGUGUUGUCAUACACUGGAAGUGGUGGGUGAAGCAAACCAAAUGUAGGUUUUAUAAGCAAUAUGAAGGACUUGUUUAUCAUAGACAGAGGGUUGUUAGCAGGAUACCUAACAACCUGUUCUUGGUACUGAAUGAGUUUUCCAGAAGAUGUACGGAUAUGUGAUACCUAGACAGAUAUUUGUAACUGUAUCUAUUUUUCUUUUAGUUUGUUAUGAAGUAAUAAAGAACAGUAGAGAAGUUAACAUUACUGUAGUGCUUUUUAAAAGGAGAUUUUAUGGGUUUUUCUUUUUCUUUCAUAUCUGCAAGGAAAGGGUGUAAUAUUUCAGAAGAGAAAGUGGCACUCUUUUUAAGUCAGAAGUCAAUUUUUUUUGUUUUUUUGUUUUUCUUUAUGUUUAUGCUGAUUUUACAAUUGCCGUGGUAGCUAGUCUUACCAUUUUAUUCAGUCUAAACAUAUUUUAAUACUCAUCUUUUAUUUUUAUUAUUGUUAUUUUAUAAAUUUUCAUUCUGCAUUUCUUCUUUCUGUUUUACUUCAUUUUAAAUUUAUAUUUUAGGCUGUAAAUCUGAGAAAAAGAUCCAUUACGGUUUGUGUUUACCACAGCUGAAGGCAUUAUUUUCUUCACAGUGCAGUUCCAGAUAUUUAAUAAAGAUGAUAAUUAGUCAUCAUGUUAGGUAGGGUCAACAAGUCUCCUAAGUGGAUUGCCUCUUGUGUACUGGGUGUGAAAUGCAGCUUGGUGAGAGGAGGUGUACUGUAAUCGCAGAGUCCAUCAUUGCCUUUUUGCAAUGUCAGUACAACCAUCUUGAUUACAGUAGAAAAUGUAUGGUGUAAUUGUUUAUGUAAAAUGAAUGUAUGGUCAUGUUAGCUGUGUUGUGGUUUUGAGUAACAGUGUUUGUCAAUAGGAUAUUUGUCUUCUGACUUCAAGGACCUUCCACAAAGUAAAUCAGAAUUCAUAUUUGAUUAUGAUAAAUCACUUCUUACAUUUUUAAAUUUUGUAUGAGUAAUCCUGUGUGUGUGAGUGUGCGUUUGUGUGUGUGUAAUUGUGUUUAUAUUUGAAUAUGUACGUAUAGUCUGCGUCUGUGUAUUUCUGGCAUCACUGCAAUUAUGUUGUAUGACUGAUAGGCUGACUUUGAAAUACUCAGUAAAACUUAGUAUGACUUUAUGAAUUUUGCUGUAAAGAAAGCUCAUUUUUGAGAACUGGUGCUAGAGAAAAAAAUUAUUAUUUGCUUUCAUUGUAAAAGUAGUCAUUACAACUGGGCAUCUGUUAGUAAAUUAUGGUUGGAAACAUCACGCCAGUGAUCAAGGUCACCUCAUGAUCUUGUGUAUGUUUAUCAUGAGGCCUUACAGGGUUUGAAUGACUUGGCAAACACCUAGAAAGGCAGUCACUUCUCAUUCUAGUAAUCAGAAUUAAAUAUACUGAUGUUUUCAAGAACAUUAAAUUGAGUCAGAUUUUUCAUUUUGCAAGAGGGAGAAGGUGCAUAAACAACAACUUUUGUAAAUAGUUACUGAUUUUACUUGAAAGAGAAGCUGGGAGACUAGGAUAAAAUAAAUUGUAUUAGACUAAGUACCAUCUAGUCACAUAAGCAUCAAUUAAUUGUAAGAAAUGGAUGGGUUUAACUUUGUUUUAUUUUGUGAGUUUGCUUUAAUUAUUGCCAUUACUAAUAUAUUUACUGUAUUUCUACAAUUAUUUAUAUAUAUUACUUUUCUCUUAUUAAAAAAAAAACUUUUAAUAAAGAAAAAUAAAUGAUUGGUCAUAUAUUGUAAACAAGGUUAUAAUGUCAGUGGAUAUUUCUUUUUUGACAGAAAUUAUUCAAAGAUAUAUGAUUUGGAAAGACUGACCAUGAGCAUUGUAAUUAUUGAAUCUAUGACCUGCAAUAGGCCAUUCUGAGGUAUGGGUUGUACCCAUUAUGAUAGCACAUUAUUGACCAGGGUCAGUUUGACAUGGAUACCACUUCAUUGUGUAGGUCUUGGGAAUAUUUGCUGCUGUACAGUUAGUGAAAUGUGAACACUGUAGAAACUGCUUUCCAUUAACUAGUUAGUAAUGAGAUUUUAGCAUUGUUGUGCAUCAUUGUAAAAUGUGUUUUGUAUAGUAUUUUAUUGCAAAUCUGAGACAGAUUUCACUGUCUUUUUUUCUAAUUCUUGUUUUUUAAUUAUAAACAAAUACUUCACAUAGCGCACAUGUGAAACUUACCUUUUGUUUGGAUUUCAAUAUUUCCAUCAUAUUUCAGUCCUUACAGCUGCUGAUCCCAGUGUUGUAGACAAUGCUAAGUUGAUACAAAAUUGGGAAAAUGGAACUUGCUUUGUCAUUA